UAGUGUCCAAAAUGGUAGACAACAUGCAGCAGCAGUAAACAAAUGAGUCCGGAGGUGAAUGGACGAGGGAAAGGAUUUGAGAUAUGUGUAAAUUUCGCGAGUUUAUAAAUCUUUUCGUUACAUAUCAACGACUGACCAUAUUUAAAAACUAGAUUAUUCCAAACAGACAGUUGAUGCCUCUGUUUGCAAUAUAUUGCGGAGUUUCAUGGAUGUUGUGAUAACAUACGAAAAUGGAUAAGUGUCCGUCUACGGAGCCAGGGAAGAGACUCUCAAAGCUAAGAAAUAAAUUUCCCUCACGUCUGUUUGGGAAAAAACUGAUACCUACUAGCCGCUUAGUGGCAUCCAGUCAUAUCCUGCGUAACACCAUUCCGACACAGGACUGCGAUGUGCUAGUUACGUUUCCCGCAGAUACAGAGACCAGUACCCUCAUGUGGCUCCUGGACCGACUCCGAGCCAGGUGCCCUCACUUGAUCAUCCAAGUCCAUCACCAUAGCAACACCAAGGGGUCCAUGUUUCAUCUGACUGCUACAUAUGAAGGGCUUUUGAAAGGAGCAGAAGAAUUGGGAAUUCAGAAGGUCCUGAAAGAAGAACUGGGAGGAGGAAUGAAAGAAUUCACAUAUGAGGAACAAGAAUGCUUUAGAAAUAUUGAGGAUGGAAACCUGUUCUUCAAUAGUCAGGAGAGGCAGAGCAUCAUACACCACCUGCUGGACAAUCUGAGAGCUAUUCAAGGGGAACAACUGGGAAAAGUGAAAUUUGUGGAAGGCCAGUCUAUUGUUCCCUUGCUGGAAUCCAAAAAAAUCAUUUCACAAGUGUUCCCUCUCCAUUGUAAGAAGUCUAUUGAAGAACUGAGGAAAACAUGGGUGCAGGCGUUUUUUUCUUCACAGCCCCUAGAUAAAAUAAAGGACUAUUUUGGAGUGAAGAUUGCCCUGUACUUUGCCUACCUGGGACACUACACCUUGGCCCUAUGUUUGCCAGCUUUUGUUGGACUGGGAAUCUGGAUUAUGCAGUGGCAGGCAGACCAGGAAUGGGAUGAUGAACUCUUCAUUGCUUUCGCCUUGUUCAAUGCUUUUUGGGCAACCCUGUACCUGGAACUUUGGAAGAGGAGGAGUUGCAAGCUGGCCUACCAAUGGGCGACUCUGGAUUCACAGAAGGAAAUGUUAGAAGACCCCCGGCCCCUGUACACUGGGAAACUGGAGGUGAGUCCGGUCACGGACCGGCUGGAGCCGUUUUAUCCCUCCUGGAAGAGGAAUCUGUUUCGAUAUUUGGUGUCCUACCCUGUUAUUGCUGUGUGCCUGCUGGUUGUUUUUGUCAUCAUGCUGUUGAUUUUUGAGGUCCAGGAAUGGAUCAAUUCUCUUGUUAAGAGUGGUGGUGUCCCAGGAUUCUUCUCAUUUCUGCCCAAAAUCCUGCUUGCAGUUUCCAUUGGUAUUCUAGAUGAAAUUUAUAAAACUAUUGCAAAGUGGCUCAAUGACAUGGAAAAUUACAGAAUGGAAGAAACCUACUGGAAUCAUUUGAUUGUGAAAUUGGUUUUGUUUCAGUUUGUGAAUUCUUUCCUGUCUCUCUUCUACAUUGCAUUCUAUUUACAAGACAUGGACAGACUCUGUGAUCAACUGGCAGCUAUUUUGAUUACGAGGCAAAUUAUUGGAAACUUGAAGGAGGCUUUCCUUCCAUACUUCCAGUGGAAGGCCAAACUCUACAAAAUUGGGUACGAAAUGACAAAAGAUCUCAUUCCAGAUGGAAAGGCAGUGUCUGAUCAUUCCCCAGCUUCAUCAAAUCCAGAUGCUUCACUAUCUAAUGUGAAUAAUCCAGAAACCUCAUCAAAUCCAGAUUCUUCACUAUCUGCUAUGAAUAAUCCAGAAACCUCAUCAAAUCCAGAUUCUUCACUAUCUCAUGUGAAUAAUCCAGAAACCUCAUCAAAUCUAGAUUCUUCACUAUCUCAUGUGAAUAAUCCAGAAACCUCAUCAAAUCCAGAUUCUCUGCAUUCGGAUGUGAAUGCUCAGGACUUUUGUACUCCAGACCAGCGUCCGGCGAAGGUGUGCGAUUUCAUGAAGGAAGAUUUUGUUGAGAGUGUUCAGAAUUCCUUUGGUGUCAAACAGAGACGGACUAAUAGAGAGGGAAAUUCAGGAGAUGAUGUAAAAUCUGAUGUACAGAGCAAACCAAUGACUGCCCUCUCAUUCACUCAGGCUGAAGUAGAAAGUGCCAUGAAACAGUACGACGACACGCUGGAUGACUAUCUGGAGAUGUUUAUACAGUUUGGUUACGUCACCCUUUUCUCCUCCGCCUUUCCACUGGCUGCUCUAUGUGCACUGCUGAACAAUGUUGUCGAGAUCAGAAGUGAUGCUUUCAAGCUCUGCAUGACUUAUCAGAGGCCAUUUGGUAAAACUGUGGAAAACAUUGGUGCAUGGCAGGAUGCCUUAGAACUGAUGGGAGUCUUUGCUAUCAUUGUAAACUGUGCUUUGACUGGGGUGUCCGGGCAGGUCCAGAGGAUGGUCCCGGGGGCUUCCACAGAAACUGUCAUUCUGAUCAUAGUUCUGUUAGAGCACAUCAUUUUGGGACUAAAGUUCUUGAUAGCCUAUGCCAUCCCAGAUAUCCCAGAAACUAUAGAAACCAAUAGAGCCAAGCUAGAGUUCCUACGAAGGGAGGCCCUAAAAAAAUUCGAAGCUCAGAUGCAAUCCAUAGCACCAAGCAGUCCAGCAGAAAUCCGAGAGAAAAUACUGGCACGUCAGAAAUCCCGUCGUGAGAAUCUGCACCAGAAUGAGGCCAAACAAGAAACUACAGGGAAUUCUAUAAAUAGCACAGAAAAGAAUGGAUCCAGUGACAAAGGGGCAGGUGUUUGAUGGAGGUGUGGUGCUUCAAAUUUGGUUUAGUCCUUUUUUAUUUAUCAGGAGUCCUGGGAUGUCCUUAUUUCAUUAUCAACCACACAUCGAUGCUGAUUUACGAGAGCCAUUGAUACACUGCAAUAUUGACAUACACUAAGAAUGUAUUUUUUAUGGUGAAGGUAUACUUUUAUUGAUUUAUACAAAAACGAGAAUUUCAGGUUCACCAAGAAAUGUCCAUUGUAUUCAUGACACGUACAAUAUUAGAAUUUUAGAGAUUUUACAUGUUUUCUUUUAAGGUUUGUCUUUAAUAUAAGACUGUUUCUUAAUGUGAGGACCUCUUUUUUAAAUGCCUCCAUAAUCGGAGAUUCGGGGGCAUAUAUUUUUGGUCUGUCUGUCUGUUUGUCCGCAAAAACUUUAACCUUGCCGAUAACUUUUGAAUGGAUGGUGAUUGGGCUUUCAUUUUUCACAUGUGUAUUCCUUGUGACAAGACAUUUCUUUUGGUACCAAAAUUUUUGACCCCUUGACCUUAGAGUUUGGCCACAAGGGGGCAUCAGUGUUUCACAAACUUAUCUUGUUCUUUCAAGGUUAAUGUGAUGCAAAGCAUUUAUAAAGUAGUUGUUUAUGAGUCUUAAGAGUUUACAACAAAACUCUGUUGAACACGUACAUGUAUUUUCAAACUGAUGGCAACUCUAGAGCUAGUCCAAAGGUAUGAAAUUUGUUAAUUGAUUUACAAGCAUUUUUAUAUACCAAAUCUUAUGUAUCAGAUUCUAUAUGCCAAAGAGAAUUGUAAAUGUGUCAAAUAUAUAGUUCCACUUCUUAUAUACGACUCAAUUUCUGUAGGUAAACCAGGCAGGGGGUUGACUAUUUCGCCUUGAGAAAGAUGUAACUGGUCUCAUAAGAAAUUCACCAAAAUUGUUUUCUAGAACAAAAUGCAUCAAGAUCUGCACCUUGACGAAUUUCUAUAUUUCUUGACAAUUUGAAAAGAUUAGACAUUAAAACAGACUCCUUGUGAAUGGCCCAAAUACCACUUUGAUUUAUAACUGAAAUGAAUGUCAGAAUCUUAUCCAUUUUAUCAGUAUUUUAUUCUUGUUUGUUGAAGUUUUGUUAUAUCUUUAUUUUAUACAAUGUUUCGUUUUGGUUCAUUUGAUAUUGUUAUAUACAUAGGAGUUACAUGUUAGCAACAUACAUUUAAUUCAGUGAAUGGAUUCCACGUCACUUUAACCUGUGAAAUCUGUCUAUAUACAUGUAUUCAUAUCGAAUAACACUACAAUUCUGGACUUUGUGCUUCCACGACAGGUGUUCAAUAGCAAUAAAACAAAUCUAGUAGCCAAAUAUACACCAGAUUCAAUUCCGUGGAAUAAGUAUUCAUUUGCUAUCUAUUCUAAAACCUGACAUUUUACAGUGUAUAUUGUAUUUUACAGUGUAUAUCGUAUUUUACAGUGUAUAUUACAUUUUACAGUGUAUAUUGUAUUUUACAGUGUAUAUUGUAUUUUACAGUGUAUAUUACAUUUUACAGUGUAUAUUGUAUUUGUACAAUGUAUGAUAAUAUUAUUUACAGUGUAAAAUUUUAUUAUUAUACAGUGUAUAUUGUAAUAUACAUAUUGUAUUUUUACAGUGUAUAUUAUAUUUACAGUGUAAAAUUUUACAUUUUACGGUGUAUAAUAUUGUAUAUCUACAGUGUAUAAUAUAUUUUACAUUGUAAAACAAUAUAUCUUACAGUGUUGAAUAUUAUAUCUUACAGUGUUUAAUAUCAUAUUUUACAUUGUUUAAUAUUAUAUCCUACUGUGUAUAAUAUUAUAUCUUACAGUGUUUAAUAUUAUAUCUCAGAGUGUUUAAUAUUAUAUCUCACAGUGGAUAAUAUUAUAUUUUACAGUGUUUAAUAUUAUAUUUUACAGUGUAUAAUAUUAUAUCUCACAGUGUUUAAUAUUAUAUCUUACAGUGUUUAAUAUUAUAUCUCACAGUGGAUAAUAUUAUAUUUUACAGUGUUUAAUAUUAGAUUUUACAGUGUCUAAUAUUAUAUCUCACAGUGUUUAAUAUUAUAUCUCACAGUGUUUAAUAUUAUAUCUCACAGUGUAUAUUAUUAUAUCUUACAGUGGAUAAUAUUGUAUUUUACAGCAUAUCAUAUAUUUUACAGUGUCCAAUUUAAAAAAAAUACAUUACAGUGUAUGAUACUGCAUAAGUAUUUUUUACCUGCAAUUUGUGAUUGUAUUCAUAAUUUAGUAACUUUGUUACAGUCACAUAUCUUUAAGAAUCUCUUUUUCUCAUAUUUUUGUUGAAAUUUACAGAAUUUUAUUUUGAAAUUUGCUUCAAUGUAGCAUAAUAGUGAUUUUGAUUUUGUGUUUAAAAUGUUGAAAUACACUUUAAACUUUCAGGUAAAUACAUUUUCAAAUUCAUGUAUUUAAUCAGUCCUCUGAAUUUUAUGUGCAAUAUACAUAUACUUUUUUUCCCCUUUUUAUUAUUAUUAUUUUGAUUUUUGUUUAGCAUUGUGCAGCAGUGACUGGUUUUUUUCUUCAAGUAUAUAGACAUACUCUGAUCUCUUUGUUAAACUAACCCCCCCCAACCCCACACACACACACACACACAAACAAGCAAAAGUUUGCUUGAGGGUUCUAUUGGAAUCAUCUGUCCAUCCGUCUAUCUUGAGACAUUUUUUGUCAAGAGAUUUUCUUAGAUUCCAUUGAUUUAUUUUCCUCACAGAUUUUGUGGAAACCUUGUAAGCCUCUAUAUUUUCAGAUUGAUUUGUACAAAUUUGAUGAAGUUACAUAUGUACGUAUAUUUUAAUAUUUUUGGAAAUGAUUGCCUGUUCAUUUUGUCAGUAUUUUCUUACAUUUGCAACAUAGAAAGAUACUUGACAGUAAAGUUGUUGAUGACAAGGUGGCUUGCUUCAUUUGGACAAUGUAAACAUUGUUGAGAAAAAACAUGUAUAUUUCAUAAAUAGAACAUGUAUUAGAAAAUUUGUGGAAAAAUUUCUCAUGCCAUAGUCCUAGGUUAUUUCCACUCUCAUUUAGACAAUAUCAAAGUCACGCUUAUAGAAUAUUUCUACAAGUUAUAUCUUUAAGGCUGUAUCUUUGUAACGUUGAAAUAUUAGACACUCAAUCUUAAAUAUAAGUUUUAGAUGUGACCCUCACUCAAGGUCAGAUAUAAGAUCAAGGUCAUAGGACUUCCAUUUUUUUCCUCCGUUAUGCAUUUUAAUGCAAGGAUUAUAUGAAAUCCAUGAUUCAUAUUGUCAAGUCUAGCUUUUGGCUAUAUCUAUAAAACACUUUCGAGUUCAAAAUAUUGAAUUUUAACAUUGACGAUUGCUAGAGAGGAAGGUAUUAAUUGGUAGGUUGACCUAUUUGAAGUUUAGGUUGAAGUCAGUAACUAAAGAGCUAUACCACGUCUCUUUAUUUGGAAUUUUCUCCUUUUUAUAUUCCAUGAAUAUAUUGAUAAGAUUGAGGUCAUAGGAAUUUAGACUAACUUUAAGUGAGGUGUGAAUAUCAUUGAACCCGAUGCAACUUUCUUCUGGCUUUUAACGGGUUUUCCAAUUUUCACUUUCUUUGUGAGCAUUUCGAGAUUGCAAAAAGAUAAAUUCGCAUGAAAUUGUUAACGGGUGUCUACAGAUUUUUAAUUUACAAAAAGCUAUGAACGAAUGCGCGAGUAAAUGCUACCUACCUGAAGUGUGGACUGUGUAGUAUUAAUUAUCUCAUACAAUAGUCAGAUGUAAUCACCCCAUAUUCUUGUCACCCAUUGGUCAAAAUGUUGAUCUCUCAAUAUUUUUUGAAAAAAAAUUAAUACUGAGAUAGAAGUAUCUGGUUCAUGUACAUGUAUGUUGCAAUCUCAAAAAUAGGAAUGCGCAAAUUAGAAAUUGCAGUGUUUUGAUGAAUUUUUGCGUAAAAAUUGUGAUACACAGCCGAAAAAAUGUGUUAUAAAUUUCUACUACCAGUAUGUCCCAAGAAGAAUGAACCACUUCAGGGGGAUUAGUCUCAAUAGUUUUUUUUAGUUUUUUUUUUAUAUAUUUUAUUUUAUAGUUGUGUCUUAUUUUUCUUCAUAAGCUGGUUAUAGGAUUUACUAUUAAUAAAGUAUGGUCAAUACAAAAGUAUGCUCAAUGUAAACUUUGUGAUGUGUCAAGUCCAAGCUACAUACAUGUUGUAGUUUCAAUUUUUGUGCAAUUACUGUAAAGCAGUCAAUUCUUGACUACAUUUAUUUAUGAAUUGUCGAUUUAGAUGAAAUUUAUAUUCAUAAAUGAGCCUUCAGCAUAAAUAAAAUGACAGCUUCGCAGCAACAUAUAUUGUGAGAAAGAGGCGAUUAUGAAUCUUGCAAAUAUUUUUCACAUGUGAAUAAAACCUGGGCUUACAGUACAUGGUAGUGGUACGCAGAUCUUAGUUUUUAUUAACUAUGAAAUUUCCCUAUUUAGCCAAAUGUGUAAUUCAUAAAUCAGAAAUUACUUUGCAGCAGUUGACUUUUGUACAUUCACAUAUUUAAGUAUCAUGUAUAUUUGUACAAUCAGAUUUAGUAUGAAAUGUUUGUGCCCAGUGGUUACGAAAUCCAUUUCCCAUUCUUUUGAAUGUCUGUAUUAUUAAGCUUCUUCAGAGAUUCAUUUAUUGUUUUUCUUUAAGAUAUAAAAAUCCAUCAUUAAAUGAGCUUGCUUUG